CGUCUGGAUCUUCACAGUUCUUUUUGGGUUUCUCUUUAUAACUGAGAUGAGAAUAAGUUGGUUAACAUUGAACAAAUCAUUAGAUUCAGUGUUACGUUAGGUCUGCAAGGAUAUUACACUUACAGGUUGUCCCAUUCCUGCUUUCUCUUUUCAAUCUUGGCACGUGCCUGUUCAGCUUUUUCGGCGGCCUUUUUUAGCCGCUCUAUCUGCCGAUCAGCCAGCUUUACCAGAGAAGAUCGAGUCACCAGAACCUGUGGCAAAUCUUCCUCUGAGUUUGAUCCCUGGAUUUUCUACGUUCAUCUGGAGCAGCUUCAAUGUUGCUGGUGCUACUGUAACCGUUCUGUUGUGGGAUCUGCACUAAAGAAAGCGCUGGAACAUGACUUUUUCUUCUCAGCUUCCUGAGACAGAUGGGCUUUCUCCAGCUUCUGUCUGACCAUCUCUAUGCUGCAAGAAUGGAAGCAAAACCCAAAACACCAUUUUCCCCUAAAGGAGGGAACAAGUUGAAAAAGAAAGGGAAGGAUUCUCCUGGAACAGCACCUGGCGGUAGGCCAAAUGGUAAAAAGCCCUUCAAACCUUACAACAAGAAGGACACAAAAGGUAAAAUGGGGAAGAGUGGAGAUAACGCCAAGAAGAAACCUGCCUUUGUUAAAGGUGGAAAAGGACCAAAAAGAAAACUACCUAUUGACAAAAUGGAUGGAAACGAUAAAGAAGUUGGAGUUCCCCAGGCAAAGAAGCUCAAAAAAGGUGAAAUUACACCUAAAAAGAAGAAGCAGGGAGCGCAUCAGACAGAUGAAGAGCUGAAGAAAAACAGGCUGCAGAAGAAGAAAGACCUGAAGAAGAGCAGACAACAAGCAGAUCGAAAGGAUAUGUACCAGAUCAUCAAUCAGGCCAAACAACUGUGGGGAGACCUAAGAACGAAGAAAUGUGACAGUGAUUUGAAAAGGAAGCUAAUGAAGGAUCUUCAUGACCUGAUUAGAGGGAAGUAUAAACAGAUGGCGUAUGCUCACGACUCUGUACGAGUGCUGCAGUGUUUUAUCCAGUGGGGUAGUCACGAGCAGAGACAAGAAGUGUUUGAUGAACUUAAAGAUGAUGUCAUUGAUUUAUGUAAAUCACAGUAUGGCAAACACGUGGUGAAGAAGUUACUGAUGUAUGGGAACAAGGAACUGGUAGCGGCUGUGAUGCAAACCUUUAAAGGUAACGUGCGACCACUGCUUCGCCACGCUGCCGCUUCCGCAAUCAUUGAGUACGCCUACAACGACAAAGCUGUGCUUGCACAGAGACUCAUGCUAACUGAGGAACUGUAUGGCAAUGCCUUCACCAUCUGCAAGACAUCGAUUUGCAACACCAUCGAGAAGGUGGCAGAGGCUAACCCUGACAAGCUGAACCAAAUCAUCACUGAUAUGAAGCAAAUUCUUACCCCAAUGGCACAGAAAGAGCAGGUCAUCAAACACUCUCUAGUCCACAAAGUCUUCCUGGACUUCUUCCUCUUAAGUACUGAUAAACAACGAGCGGAGAUGAUUGAGUCAAUAAGGGAGUCCGUUGUCUACAUGGCUCACACCCACGAUGGAGCUCGAGUGGCCAUGCACUGUCUGUGGCAUGGUACUGCUAAGGACCGAAAAGUCAUCAUCAAAACAAUGAAGACAUACAUGGUGAAGUUUGCUACGGGGGAGUUUGGUCAUCUGGUUCUUCUCGCCAUAUUUGACUGCGUGGAUGACACCAAACUGGUCAAACAGGCUGUGUUAUCCGAGCUCAUGUCCUCUUUGGAAGAAGUCAUCAGUAACAAAUACGGCAAGAAAGUUCUGUUGUACUUGCUCAGCCCAAGAGACCCUGCUCACCUGCUGCCUGAAAUCAUUAAGGUGCUGGAAAGCGGAGAUGGCAACACACACAGUAAAAAGGACACAACUCUCAGAAGGAAGGAGCUCCUGGAGGUCGUUUCCCCGCCGCUGCUCGAUUAUCUCCGAGACAAUGCUGCCGCCAUGGUCAUGGACAAGGCCACCAGCGUGACGGUUAGUGACAUCCUUGCAUCAGCCUGCGGUGACUUGCGGCCCGCCAUGGUAGCUGUAGCUCAGCUGGCCAAUCAGGAGCUGGUACCAGGAGGUGUCCAAGGACAGCUCCACAUGGCGGAACAUCCCGCUGGACACUUGGUGCUCAAAUGGCUCAUAGAACAGGAUGUCAGUCUGAUCGAAGCUGGGAAAGAAGAGCGCUUUUCAAGGAUCUUGGUGGACACUGUUGGGAUGGAAAAUCUGAGGAGUUGGAGCAAAGUCAACAGAGGAGCCAUGGUGCUUUGCAGCCUCCUGAACAGUUGUGACAAGUCUGUUGUGGCAGACGUGAAGACAGCUCUGCAGGACUUUGAUCUUGAUGGUGCAAACAGCAGCAAGGGUGCUGAAAUCCUGCUGGAAAACUUGAGAAAAUAGACACUAUCAUACCAAUGGCAGAGCAAUAAUUUGAAUCAAAGUACCGUAGUUGCAAACCGGGACAGUCAUGUUAUCAACUGGUGAGGAUUGGGUCUAAAUUUGUUGUGCAAGAUAUUUAACACCUAAAAGUGGCAAACAGGUCGGACACAUAACUUGUCCAUCUAUGGGUGUGUUUCCAAGUUAAUAAGGCUCAUCUAUUUGGAGAGACUGAAAGUUUAGAUGAGCUUUGAAUUGUGUACAGUCAUCUAAUUGAACCAACACACCCAAACAAAUGAUGCAUGCAGCGUACGAUAAUAUGCUAAGCUAAAUGAGAAGGUUUUGGCUAGAAGACGAAUCAAGUCAGUCAAUUAGCCAAAUAGGCUGCUUUCCCAAAAACAUCAUUUCAAAACUGUGACCUAACAUAAAGGCAGUCUUCUGCAUCCAGCUUGAUCUGCUCUGUGUAAAUAGGUUAUUUGGUAUGAGACGAUUGAAAAAGUUAGAGAAAUUGUAUUCAGCUGUAAUGUUCUAAUGUAAAGUAUUAACCUUUUUUUGUCCUUUUCAUGACAAAUUGAUUUUUUGUGAUACUAUAAUACACAAAGCUGAAAUAAAAGAUACCCAAAGACUUUUA